AUGGUCUCUCCUACCAAUCCAUCUCAAGCCUACUCGGCCGUCCCAAAUCCCCGAAACUCAACUUCCUCUCCCACUCAAGCAAACUUCCCUUCUCCCGAUCCCAAUUCAAACAAUGAUGAUGUAUAUUCAUCACUCGGAGGUCAUCAUAUCAGAGAUAGCGCUCUUCUUUCCCCUCCAACUCCAGAUCCAGAUACUCAAAACUUGCUAGGUUCAAUGAGUCAAGAAUACAUGCCAGCCCCAUCAAUAAUGACUCGCGAUUCGACGUAUUCAAGUUUGCCUGGUACACCACCAUUAAGAGGUGACAACAGAAAAUCUUGGGGAAGUGGCGUUGGUUUAGCUGCAGCUGCUGAAGGCAUAUCAGGUGCACCGGAGCCUCGACGACCCACAAGUGUCGCACGAGCCCCCUCAGGUCUUGCACAUUCGUCCCUUGGAUGGAACAAUGCCAACAACGAUCGAUUAUCCGUUAGUGAUGAAGAUGACGAACAAGGUCAUAUCACCCCCGCAGUAGCAGGAAUCGGCGCUGCUGAGGUUCAAAGCGAGAAGCCAAGAUGGGCAGAGGUAGGAGACAACACGGCCCCGAAAAGGAAGAACAAGAAGUGGCUUUGGGCAGGGUUAUGUCUCGGACUCUUGGCCCUCAUUGCUCUUGCAGUCGGUCUUGGUAUUGGUCUUACUCGGAAAUCCACUAAGAACGGUUCAUCAUCAUCAACAGCUCAAGACGGAACGACCGGCGCAUCUACCACUUCUCAAGCUAAAGGCUCCAAAACCACUGCUUCUUCUGGUGCUCCAUCUGCCACUGCCACUAGCGGUACCACUGGAACCUUGAUCACGCUAGAUGACGGAUCAACCAUGACUUACACCAAUCCCUACGGAGGUGAAUGGCAUUGGGACGAAGCGAACCCAUUCAACAGUUCUUCACGACCUAAUUCCUGGAGCCCUCGACUCAACGAAGCUUGGGAUUGGGCCAGUAACAGAGUUUACGGUGUCAAUGUCGGCGGUUGGCUCGUUACUGAACCUUUUAUUGUCCCUUCUUUGUAUGAGAAAUACGCUACUGUCAAUAAUCAAACUGCCAUCGACGAAUUUACCUUGAGUCAAAACAUGGGUAGUGACUUGGAAAGCGUAAUGACCGAUCAUUAUGAUACAUUCAUUACUGAGAAUGAUUUCAUUGAAAUGGCUGCUGCUGGUAUCAACUGGGUCCGGAUCCCUAUCGGUUUCUGGGCUAUCGAAACAUGGGAUGGCGAGCCAUACCUUGAAAGAGUUUCUUGGUCAUAUCUCCUCAAAGCCAUCAAAUGGUGCAGAAAAUACGGUAUCAGAAUUAACUUAGAUUUACACGCUGUGCCUGGUUCCCAAAACGGAUGGAACCACUCUGGUCGACAAACAGGAGCACCUAACUGGUUGGAAGGACCCAUGGGUCUCGCCAACGCCCAGCGAUCAUUAGAUUACAUUCGAACCCUAGCUCAAUUCAUCGCUCAACCCCAAUAUUCUGAUGUAAUUCAAUUAUUCGGAUUCAUCAAUGAACCUAAUGGAAACGCCAUCGGUAAAGGUCCAAUCGCUUCUUUCUACCUUCAAGCGCAUCAAAUCAUUCGAGAUAUCACGGGCAUCGGAGCAGGCAAUGGUCCCUACCUUUCCAUGCACGAUGGUUUCCUUGGUGUCACAAGCUGGUACGAUUUUGCUCCCGGUAUGGACCGAGUAGUCUUGGAUCAACACAAUUACAUGGUCUUCCAAGAUCAACCCACCGGUGACCUUGAUCAGUUGAAGAUAAAGCCCUGUCAGUGGUGGGCAAAGUCCACCAAUACCUCUUUCCAACAAUGGGGUCCCAUCGCUGCCGGUGAAUGGUCUGCUGCUUGGAAUGACUGCGGACAAUGGGUUAACAACGUUGGAACCGGUUCUCGAUACGAUGGUAGUUACACCGGAUACUCUGGAAAAGCUACCGGAUCAUGUGAUUACUGGAACGACUACACUCAAUGGAAUCAAUCUACUAUCGAAGCCCUCAAUCACUUCGUUUUGGGUAGUAUGGAUGCGUUCCAAGAUUACUUCUUCUGGACAUGGACGAUUGGAAAUUCCACUGGAAGCGUCAAACAGCCCAAUCCAUUCUGGAACUAUAAACUUGGUUUACAACAAGGUUGGGUUCCCCAAGAUCCUAGAACGGCCGUUGGUACCUGUCUCGGCGAUGGCGUCGCGGCGGAUCCCUUCGACGGGACUUUCAGCAAUCCUGCGGUGACUGGAGGUACUGGCGCUGGUACCAUUGCUGCUUCCGAUUCAUCAUCAUACCCCUGGCCCCCUACCUCUUUCACCAAUAUCGCUGCUGGUGAUAUGGAAGCCAUUUACCAGUACACCCAAACUGCCGAUCCUAUCACAAUGCCAGCUGCAACAUUCACCAGUCCCGGAUCCACAGCGACAAUCGAUGCGGGUAACGGAUGGGCUAAUCCCAGCGCUGAUAACAGAAAGGCUUAUGCUGCGAUUUCUGGAUGUUCAUACGCACCCGAAUACAGCGCAGCAUCACUUGGUGUACCAGCCGAUGCCUGUGGAGCGGGCCUCACUCAACCUACCAAACGAGCGGAAAUACCGAUAAUAAAGAAAGCAGCUUAUCCUCAACCUACGAACCCUCCAUCAAGGCGAUAA